AACCUCCCAGCUUCCGGAACAGGGGGCGGGGGCAGGGAGACCCUGCUUUAUUUCAGAGUUGACGUUUGCAAUCCUAGUACACCAGCAAAAGCCGAGCGGAAUACUCCGCGCUCUCAGGGUAACCGGCGUCCACUCCCAGACUCGAAACCAAAGGAGAGGGCGCGUUCAAUGGCCACAGGCCGCUUUCUGAAGCCGGCUCCCCGCGCGGAUCCCGGGCCAGGCUGCGGCUCCGCGUCCCAGCCCGGCUUCGGAGCGAGCUCGAGAGGAUGGCUCCCCCUGCUUCCCGCGCCGCGCUAGGAGCAGGGGCGCCCAAGGUGGGCCGCCUGCCAGGAAGGGAGCGCGAGGUGCAGGCGCACGUGGGAGGAGCGCAGGUCCCAGUGACUGUGCGCAGCUGGGGUGUGGGGGAAGACGUAAGCUCCGACCCAGCUGGGAUCUGAGAGUAGACAGGACGUCCCAGGUUUGCACUGACUUCGGAUUCACUAACCCAACCGCCCACCCUCCUGGCAGCGCUGGUCCCUCCCCUUGGACUGAAACCCGAGGAGCCGCCGCUACGGGUGGGCGGGACGGACUCCUCUAGGACUCGCCGCGGAAGUCGGGUGCCCGGUCGGGCGGAGCCGAGCCGCGGAGCACAGGGUGGAGCGCCCGGCACCUGGCGGGCCGGACUUGGGGCAGCACCAGAGCAGGCUGGGCAGCAGUGGGCGCUCGCGAUCCUCCUUGGCCCCACGCGCUCUCCCUCAGGGCUCGGCCUCCUGCGUCCCCUCCUCCUGCUCCUGCUCCUCCUCCUGCUCCUCCCCUCCCCCGGACUGAGCACCAAAACGCCCGCCUGCAAGGUCCUCAGCGCGCUGGCAGGCACGAGCCGCCGCCACCGCCGGGUCUCCGUGGGUGCUCGCGCCACUUCUCAGCCUGUCCACCCCGAGGCGUCCUGAAACUCGCUCCACCCGCCGCGGGUGCUCGGCAGUGCUGCCCAUGGCCCAGCCCGGGAACCUGUUUGGAGCGCCGGACGGGCUGGACGGCUGCGCGGCUCAGUAACUGGCAGCCCGCGGCACCCAUGUGCCACUGAUCGGAGACAUUCCCCGCUGCAGCGCUUCAUGACCCAGCGGCGCGCGGCCCAGUGAAGCCACCGUGGUGUCCGGCAUGGCCGUGCUGCUCCUGGGCGCGGUGCUACUGGUGGCCCAGCCCCAGCUAGUGCCUUCCCGCCCCGCCACCCCUGGGGUCGAGCCAGGUCAGCAGGAGCUUCUGCGGAAAGCGGGGACCCUCCAGGAUGUCGUCCAAGAGAGUGCGGCUCCCAACGGCUCCGCCCGGCAGCUGCCGCAGACCGUCAUCAUCGGCGUGCGCAAAGGCGGCACCCGCGCGCUGCUGGAGAUGCUCAGCCUGCACCCCGACGUGGCGGCCGCCGAGAACGAGGUCCACUUCUUCGACUGGGAGGAGCAUUACAGCCAGGGCCUGGGCUGGUACCUCAGCCAGAUGCCCUUCUCCUCCCCGCGCCAGCUCACGGUGGAAAAGACCCCCGCUUACUUCACGUCGCCCAAAGUGCCUGAGAGGGUCCACAGCAUGAACCCGGCCAUCCGGCUGCUGCUUAUCCUGCGGGACCCGUCGGAGCGCGUGCUGUCCGACUACACCCAAGUGUUCUACAACCAUGUGCAGAAGCGCAAGCCCUACCCGUCCAUCGAGGAGUUCCUGGUGCGGGACGGCCGGCUCAACGUGGACUACAAGGCCCUCAACCGCAGCCUGUACCACGUGCACAUGCAGAACUGGCUGCGCUUCUUCCCGCUGCGCCACAUCCACAUCGUCGACGGCGACCGCCUCAUCAGGGACCCUUUCCCCGAGAUCCAAAAGGUGGAGAGGUUCCUGAAGCUGUCGCCGCAGAUCAACGCCUCGAACUUCUACUUUAACAAAACCAAGGGCUUUUAUUGCCUGCGGGACAGUGGCCGGGACCGCUGCUUACACGAGUCCAAAGGCCGGGCACACCCCCAAGUCGAUCCCAAACUACUCAACAAACUGCACGAAUAUUUUCACGAGCCAAAUAAGAAAUUCUUUGAGCUUGUCGGCAGAACAUUUGACUGGCACUGAUUUGCAAUAAACUAGGCUCGGAAACUUUCCUAUUGUAAGUUCUGGUGUACAUCUAGAGGGGGGGAGAAAGGAUUUUAAAAAGGCAUUUAAGCUAUAAUUUAUUUGUAAAAUCCAUAAAUUACUUCUGUACAGUAUUAGAUUCACAAUUGCCAUAUAUACUAGUUAUAUUUUUCUACUUGUUAAAUGGAGGGCAUUUUGUAUUGUUUUUCAUGGUUGUUAACAUUGUGUAAUAUGUCUCUAUAUGAAGGAACUAAAAUAUUUCACUGCAACAACAACAAAAAAUUUU